CAACUGUCAAAAUUUUACAUGCUCAAUCAUAACAUUUGUAUUUGUUUGCAAGUCAUGUAGCGAAAAACAUAAAAACUAUUAAAAUUUUCUCGUAAAACAUCUCAAAAAUAUGGCUGCAAAUCUAUUCGGCUGGGAUUUGCUUUACAAUUCUGUUAAAGACGAUAUUAGGAACAACCAAGACGUACUGGUAUGCCUUACACAUUUAGUGCUUAUAUCAAAUGGAUUUAAAUGUAUUGGAUUGGGGGAAUCAAAAAACAUAGACGGCACAGAGGCCAAAAGUGAAAUUUUGCCGCCUGGCUGGAACAAUGGGUACGCCAUUCGUUAUGUUUAUCAAGGUCGUUUGUACAAUUUAAGAGGUACCAAUAUGGAUGAUGCUAUUAUGAUCAACCUAAUUCGUGUGCAAGAACGCACAGUUUCCAUGGUUCAACUGAAUAAUCGAGCCGUAGUACAACUGACUGGAGCUUUGGAUCAGAUGAUCCCUAAUAACGAAGAACUGGCUCAAACAAUUAAAAGUCAGUUGAUUGAUAAAGUCACUGUGUCUAACAAGUAUAAAGACAGCACAAGCCAAACGACUAAUAACGAAACACCCCGUUCAUACAUCCCUAAUUCCCCCUCUGCGCCACAAUUUGACACAUUUCCUUCACGUAUCCAACCUGAAAGGCCACCACUUGGGGUCGGAAGAUCUGAUUUGGAUCCCCUUGGAGGUAUGGGACCUUUUCCCGGUAUUGGUCCACUUCCGAGACCUGGGUCGAAUGUUAUGCCUCCUGGAGGGAGUGGAAUGUUGUUUGUACCACCUGGUGCAAGACCUAACCCAGACAGUAACUAUGGGGUACCACCUGGAUCCGUUCCACCUGGCGCCCGAUUUGAUCCAUUUCGUCCCCCCGAUACCGAUCAAUUUCCUCGUAGACCCAACAGACGUGAUCAUGACGAAUUUCUUCCUCCUGGUUUUGAUAAUAUGUUCAUGUAAAUAUGUAGACACAGUAAGAAACGCAAAGACUUUAUAAAUUAAGAAGAAAUUCUAGGCUUUUCAUGUAACACAUCCAAUAAACCAUGUUCAAUUAA